AUGCUCCACGGCCUCCCUAAAGGGAAACCUGGAGCAAUGCGUCAAGCUGGUGGCAAAGGCCGCUGCUGGCGGCGCCAAGGUACGAAGCCGAAUACCGAGAUAUCAAGCACCGUGGCUCAUUCCCCUUGGACCCAGGUUCUCUUCCUACCUGAAGCGUCAGAUUACAUUGCGCCCGAUGCGAAGACGUCUCUGGAGCUAGCACAACCACAGACGGCGUCACCGUUUGUCACCGGGCUCCGCGCCGCCGCCAAAGCCCACGCCGUCGCCGUCCAUGUCGGCAUCCAUCACAUGCCUCCGCCAGACGAUGCCGCCGGCAGCCACGCGCGGCGGAUGCUCAACCGGGCCUUGUACAUUACGCCCGAGGGCGAGAUUGACGACGCCGCCACGUACGACAAGCUGCACGUGUUUGACUAUGGCGCGCUGCGGGAGAGCGCCACGGUGCAGCCCGGGAUGCACCUGACGGCCCCGUUUGACUCGCCCGUCGGCCGCAUCGGCAGCCUGAUUUGCUUCGACCUGCGCUUUGCCGAAACGGCCGUCGCGCUGGCGCAGCCGCGCGCGGCACCCAGCAGUGCUUGGCACGCGCGCCCUGCGCAGAUCCUGACGUACCCGAGCGCCUUUACGCUGCGCACGGGCGAGGCGCACUGGGAGACGCUCCUGCGCGCGCGCGCGAUAGAGACGCAGAGCUGGGUCGUGGCGGCGGCGCAGGUCGGCCGCCACAACGAGACGCGCGCGAGCUACGGCCGCAGCAUGGUCGUGGACCCUUGGGGCCGCGUCGUCUUGUCGCUGGGUGGUGUCGCUGAUGAACAGGGUAACGCGUCGGAGGGAGCGGUGGGAGAGAUUGGGUUCGUAGACGUGGAUAUCGGCGAGUUGGAGAGAGUUCGGCGCGAGAUGCCACUUCAGCGUCGGAUGUAG